AUGUCAGAGAGCGACAGCAGCGCAGCCGGCAGCCGCCUACCCGAAACAGACGGCGGCAGCGUAAGCGUGCUUAGCUGGGAGCAAGUGCAGCGUCUGGACGCCAUCCUGACCGAGACCAUCCCGAUCCACGGAAGGGGCAACUUCCCCACGCUGGAGAUGCAGCCCCGCCAGAUCGUCAAAGUGGUGCGCAGCAGGAUGGAGGAGAAGCAAAUCCACGUCCGGGAUGUCCGGCUAAACGGUUCCGCAGCCAGCCACAUACUGCACGAAGACAGCGGCUUGGGGUUCAAGGACCUCGAUCUCAUAUUUUGCGCAGAUAUGAAAGGAGAAAGGGAUUUUCAGGUUGUGAAGGACAUUGUUCUGGACUGUCUCCUGGACUUUCUACCCGACUGUGUGAAUAAAGAUCGGAUUACUCCUUUAACGUUAAAGGAAGCCUACGUGCAGAAGAUGGUGAAAGUGUGUAACGACUCCGACCGGUGGAGCCUCAUCUCGCUCUCCAACAACCGGGGCAAGAAUGUGGAGUUGAAGUUUGUGGACUCCCUUCGGCGUCAGUUCGAGUUCAGCGUGGACUCUUUCCAGAUCAAGUUGGACUCCCUGCUGCUCUUCUAUGAGUGCUCCCAGAACACCAUGACCGCCACCCUCCACCCUACCAUCAUGGGCGAGAGUGUCUACGGCGACUUCAGCGAGGCCCUGGAUCAUCUACGUCACAAGAUCAUCUGCACCCGCAACCCGGAGGAGAUCCGAGGUGGCGGCCUGCUCAAGUACUGUCACCUGCUGGUGAGGGGCUUCCAGGCAGCGUCUGAGUCGGAGAUGAAGUCCCUGCAGCGUUACAUGUGCUCCCGCUUCUUCAUUGACUUCCCCGACAUCGGGGAGCAGCAGCGCAAGCUGGAGUCCUAUCUUCAAAACCACUUUGUGGGCCUAGAAGACCGCAAAUAUGACUACCUGAUGACGCUCCAUGGGGUGGUCAACGAAAGCACGGUGUGCCUCAUGGGACACGAGAGGCGACAGACCUUAGGGCUCAUAGCCAUGCUGGCAGUGCGUGUUUUGGCCGAGCAGAAUGUCAUUCCAAACGUGGCCAACGUCACCUGUUACUACCAGCCUGCUCCUUAUGUGGCAGACGGUAACUUCAGCAACUACUACGUAGCGCAGGUACAGCCGGUGUUCGCCUGCCAGCAGCCUGCCUACUCCACCUGGCUGCCCUGUAACUGAGCCAGCCCGGAAUAUCCGAGGAGGUUUGUUUAAACGGGAGCACACUUGCCACCACAAACUUGCCCCGGUGGUCGUUUUUGAAUGUUUUGCAUCAAAGCUCGGGUUUUUGUUCAUACAUUGAGUAUGAAUGAUAGAUAACAAAACGGUUGACUUUCAGUGAAUGUGAAUAUCUCCCGUUUCUUGAAACAGCAAGCCCCAUUGACUCAUUAUCGACUAAACACGGGACUGUCUACUAAUACAAUCGGCAGAGCUGUCACUCAAUCAAGAAGGGCGCAACUAAAUCUGUCUCGGUGCCCACUGAGUUGCAAACAACUCCAGGCCUUCUCGGAGGGGUGAGUAUUUGCCCCACCCACCGCUGCCCUCAGUGUGGGGAGAAAAUCAAACAUCUGCAGAGGAGCACAUUAUACUCAGCUGCAUUUGGGAAGAUGCUAUUUGCAUGAACUUUGGUUAUCAAAGCAGCAUCUCUUUUUCAUUUGGGUAUAAAUAUGGUUGUUAGAGACCAAAGAUUUCAGAUUGUUCCUUACAUUAAAACUCUUUUUUUUUUUAAAUGGGGAAUUAGGAUGAAUCUAUUUGUAUUUGUGAACAUGUGUUUAAGUGCCUACGGCCCUUCAGUGGGCAGAGAAAUAAAGAAAAAGAAAGAGCAGGCCAAUUUUUGAUUGUUUAGUGCAGCACACAAGACAACAGCACCAGGAAGGCUUGUGAAUGUAUGACACAGAUGGCACCUAGACUGGUGUUUGCCAGUAAAGUGCCAUAAAUUAUAUACACAGUAAACCAUACCACCAUUACGUGCCCCACUUGAAUGCUGGUAUUGUUUGCUACUAAUGACAGCUCUUGACCAGGGUGAUAAUUCUAUCAGAAAACCUCCUCAACUGCAGGUUAUGUUUAUAUUUUGUAGGGAAGGCAUGAUUCUUUCUCACCUGAGAAAACUACACGUGCAGUCAUACAGGUCAGCCGAGGUCGAUAGCCACUUUGAUUUUUUUCCACUUUGCAAAUAUGCACGUGAAGCCAUCCUUUAAGUCCAGGGGGUGCACUAAAUCCAUUCAUUUGACAUUAUCAUUGGAAUCAGUAGAAAAUGUGGAAAAGCAUCUAUCAUCUUCAUGUAUAAUGGGAUACAUUCUGUCUCGCCUCAUGCUUCACGUACCAUAAAAAUGACAUACUAUGUAGGUGGGUAUUGUUUUUUUGUAAUUCUUUGCUCAAAUAAAGUAGCAGCAGUGACAACAAGCUCCUUGACGCCACCACAAUGUUCAGACAGUCAGACAGAGCUGCCGCAUGAAGAAUAUUUGCCGUGACACCUCAUAUGAUGACACACUAUUUGCUGUAGCACCCUGACAGGGAAUUCCUCAGCUGCUGCUCAAGCACUCCGGCCUGGUCUGCCUCUGCAGACGUUCUCUUGAGGCCUCUGAAAAAUGCUCUGUCUGACAAUUCGGUGAUCCGCUGCGGUAGCGUGUACAUUAAUUUAAGCCAUCGGUUUGGGUGUAGAGAGUGGAUGUGUAGCGAUAGAGUGUGUGUUGCUUUAUACAGCAGUAAUAAAGGCAGACGGAUCAAACUUGAGUGAGAAGUAAAUGUAGCAAGAGGGAAUCAGUCUGGAGCAAUGGGUGCAGCUGGUGAUGGGGUUUAUCUCGAGGGCUACUGUGCUUCACUGUGCAAACUUGAUCCCAUCUUAACGACGGUGCUGCUUCAUUUCUUUAUUCUGGUUUGGGAGACCAAAGGCAUUGCGCUACUUUUAUCAUCAGAUGAAAAACAGACAAACAAACAAGAACAGAUGUUUCAUUUGAAAGAUGUUACGAUUGCAGCAUAGCUACUUAUUUCAUGUUGUGAAUGCUUCACUCUGCCGCAUUACAAAAACAACUUUGUACAUAUAUGAAUAUAACCUCCAGCUUUAUUGAUUCACUUACGCCGCCGCUUUUCCUGCAGUUAUCUAUAAAAAGCAGAUCGUUGACCUUUGAAUAGCAGAAUCAAGACAAACUGCCAUUAAGCAAGGUAUUUAUCAUCCUGUCUAAUGCAAUCUCUUCUUGUCAGUGAUCGUGCAGGCAUUCUAUUGCCCUUUUUGACUCAGUGAUGUGUUGCCAGCCGACUAGCUCGCGAGCAGCAGUAUGCUUGUCGAGACGUGAUUGUGCCUAUCUGUUCAAGAUUGUGCAUUAGCGCAUUGUCCUGUAUACGUUGACUCCACGAUGUUCACCACGAUGCAGUCUUUCACAGAGCACACAGGGAAAACAGUUUGUCUGUUUUUUUUAUGAGUGUUUUGUUACAUAAACGUAUCAGAGACUGCGUAUGUUGCAGCACUUUUAAAUCUGUGAUUGGACUUCUAUAUAGGAUAUAUGUUCUCAAUAGCUUUUUGCUAUC